AUGUCCAGAGAAUCGAAGGAUCGUAAAACAUGGAUCAAAAUAUUUACAGUUUCUAAUCCUCAGGAGCAUCCUGGUGGGUUCACAGUGUACAAGGUGGUCGAGACAACCUUCCCGACUUCAUCGCCUGACCUCGCCUGUACAACUACUGCCUGGAAACGAUGGUCACAAGUCAAGACCCGGUUCAAGUAUUUCAUUAACAAACAUUUACUAACGGAUGUUUAUUUGUUUAGACCCGGUUCAAGUAUUAACUCAGAAUCCAAUCUUAAUCUGUCUAUCUCAGUGUCACAGGAUUUAAGUAUUGAUGCAACCCCUGCAUUAGUUCCUAGCCCUGUCUUUUCGGAGCCAUCUGCCUCCGAUAGUAAAGUUUAUUUAGCCUCCGAAAAAUCAAGUCCAAGCUCUGAUCUUUCAACUUCUACCUCCGAACAAUCAACUCAGCCUGCUUCCAACAACUUUAUUCAUCCCACCUCCGAAGAAUCUACGCCCUCUGCCUCCGUAGCUUCUCUCACGUUUCUCUCUGCCCUCUCCUCCCCUCUCUCCGAAUGUUUAUCCACGCCUCCGAUUAAAUCAAGUGAAGAACCUUUUACAGUAGAUCUUGCAUCGAAACCUCUUAACCACACUGACUUUGAUAUAAAACAAUCCAAUCCAACCAAUCCGGAUCCAUUUGAUCCCCUCAAUGCAGAUUUUACUGACCCAGCCCAGCUAUUCUUGAACCAGACAAACAAUAGGGUCAACCUGGACCUGUCUACAUUAAACCUCCAGGAGACGGGGGAGGCUGAAUUGUCGAGACCAACCGAGGCUGCUUGUCCCGGCGAGGAGGCCGGGCUGACCAACUACGAGGACAGUAACGGUGGUAUCCCGCUGUACAUAACGGAGUCUGCUCAGAUUAUCGCGGAGGCUCUCUCCCUAGAAGCGGAGGAGAAGUUUGAUCAAAGCAUUGCUUCCUACAGAUCAGCUAUAGGAAAGCUGCUAAGCAGUGUACAAGCUGACCCUGAUGCUACCAGGAGGGCAGCUGUGAAGAAACGAGUGGCGCAGUACAUAUCUAAAGCAGAACAGCUAGUUGAAAGAGAGCUAGAUGCUAAGGCUAGAAGACCAGGGAAGAAGAUUAGUGGAAUCCCUCACCUACAACUGUUCGGUCAACUUUCACAACUCAGGAAGUACAAGGUUGUAGAUAUACUUGAUGGAAGGCUAAUUCUAGCUCAGAAUAUAGACACAUUAGAGAAGGUCGUCUUCAAGGUUCUCCAGAAAUCUGCAGGUAGGUCUACCCUGUAUAUUCUAGAUCAUGUUUACAGGACACCCUGA